GCCGCGGCUGCUGCGGCGCCGGGCGACGUGAGCAAUUAAGGCUGUGAAGCUUUUUGUGGACUGCUGGAUUGAGCAAUACCCACACUCUUCCAGGCUGUCUCCUUCUAUUCUUCUCUGUACUGGUACAACUGUUUUUAUGGCGGCAAUUCCAGAAGCUAUGGACAUACUGUUUAGGAUAAGAGGAGGCCUGGAUCUUGCAUUUCAGCUAGCAACUACUGAUGAGGCAUCAACAAAAAAGGCAUUAGGAUAUGUUUUCAGUGAUCUUGCAAACAAACUGUCCUCGGAUGUUCUUGUGUUAAGAAUUUGCCAGAGUUCAGUCUAUGUGUGGCCAAACAAUGGUACAAGCACUGCUCCAGAGCUGACUGAUGAUUCUGCUUGUAAGGAGAUAAGACGAUUGAUACAGUUUGAUCAGGAUGAGGAGAGCAAACGAAAGCUUGGCAAAAAAAAGGAUAAAAAGUUGCAAGAUACGCAGCAGAUAGUCAAUGUAGACCUCAUGUUGGAAAUGACAUCUUCAUUAGCUGCUUUGGCUCCUGUCAUUGAAAAGGAAAAUAAGGAACACCACUACGUCAAUAUGACAUUGCCAGUUGAUGUUGUUGUGUCUGUCUCUCCAGAAGAAACAUGGGGAAAUGUACAAAAUCUCCUGGUGAAAGCAAUUCACAGGCAAUUAACUGACAUGGAAAGAUGUAUCAUGAAGUAUAUGAAGGGAACAUCAAUUGUGGUACCAGAACAAUUUCAUUUCAUGUUACCAGGAAAAAAUCACCUUGUAACAAUCUCGUAUCCUACAGGUAUUUCAGAUGAUCAGCUGGCAAGUUACAGAAAGGAAUUGCAUGGGUUAUACAAUCUGCCAUGUGACAGACCAUAUUUCAAGAGAGCAAAUGCUUAUCAUUUUCCAGAUGAACCAUAUAAAGAUGGGUAUCUCAGAAAUCCACAUUUACAUCUUAAUUCACCUGGUAUGGAGUCUGGUAUGGUUUAUUUGGUACACGGUGUCUAUAGUUACCACCACUACAUGCAGGAUCGGAUCGAUGACAGCGGUUGGGGCUGUGCCUACCGGUCUCUGCAGACAAUCUGCUCUUGGUUCAAACACCAAGGUUACAUUGAUGCAUCUAUUCCAACACAUAAGGAAAUUCAACAGGCACUGGUUGAUGCUGGAGACAAGCCUGCAGCGUUUGUGGGGUCACGGCAAUGGAUUGGUUCGAUUGAGGUGCAGCUUGUUUUGAAUCAGCUUUUUGGAAUAACAUCAAAAAUACUAUUUGUCAGCCAGGGUGCUGAGCUAGCGUUGCAGGGGAGAGAGCUGGCUAAUCAUUUCAAGGGUGAAGGAACUCCAAUUAUGAUUGGUGGAGGUGUUUUGGCACACACGAUAUUAGGAGUGGCUUGGAAUGAGAUGACGGGGCACAUAAAGUAUUUGAUUUUAGACCCACAUUACACUGGAGGGGAAGACCUGCAGGUUAUUUUGGAAAAGGGCUGGUGUGGAUGGAAGGGCCCGGAGUUUUGGAAGAAGGAUGCUUAUUAUAACCUGUGCCUACCUCAGCGACCAAAAUCUAUUUGAAUUCCACUCAGAGGCUGGAACACACUAAGCCAGAAUACUAGCUGAUCUAGAUAAAACUGUCAUGUAAUUUAUCCCAAUAAUGCUUUAAGUCAAACCCCCACUGAAAGAGAAAUGUAGCUGGAGUAAUUUAAAAUAAGAAUUUAUUUUUUUUAAGAAUGAAACCUCUAAAAAUAAGAGUUAUCUGCUGGGAACUGUAUUUCUUAAAAACAUAUUUAUUAGGUAACUCCUACUCCCUUCAUUGGGCUUGAGACAACAUGAUGUAGUUAAAUGCUUUCUUUUGUAGCUUUCUUUCUUGCCCAAAAGAUAAACAGUCAUCUACCUUUCAGGUUCCCCAGA